UCCAGGAAAGUCAGCCCACAUAGAUAGACGCAUAGUCCAUACUAGAUUCUAGAUCUACUAUCUAGUCCUUAGAGAUGAUAGAUUAUAGACAAUUCUAGAUCUAUCUAGAUCUACAAAGUUUAAAGAAAAAAAAAUAGUGCAAAAUAUAGUUCUAGAGUCUAUAGAUCUAGAUAAUCCUAUCAAGGCCAAGGGCACAGUGCCAGGUGGAAGAAAACAAGGAAAACAGAAGAUAAAAUGGAUGAAUGACAUAAAAUAUGGUCUCCAGUAUCCUUCACAAGGCCAAUUGGGAACAGCAUAGUACUGACACCGAUGGUAUGAAGUGAAAGAAUCAGCCUUGGUUCCCUUCAGUUCAGCCACACCUUCUUCCUAUCAUAGGAUUAUAUAUAGAACAAAGGAAAAAUCAUGAAUGCAGCAGAGUGGGAAAAAUUGAGAAAAAACUGGUCAGAGCUUUGUGAUGUUUACCCAAGUGACUUAUUUGGAUAUUUCUAUCAGAAUGGCGUAAUAGAGCUUAAAGAAAAAGAGAAAAUACAAGCUGCUGAGACUAGGUCAGAACAGAUAGAAAGGCUUUUGGACAUUAUCAAAUGGAAAGAAGGCCACCAACCUUUUCAGAAACUCUUAGAGAUUUUAAAAGCUAAAAAAUAUUUGUCUCUGGUGCAGAAGAUAAAGGAUACUGAAACACAAGCUGACCCUAACAUGAAAUUAUCGGUUAAUCCUAAUGCCAACAAUGAGCUCAUAAGCAGUAUUUUAAGAACACAUUUUACAGAAGCAUUAGGAGCUUCGACCCUCUUGAAUGAUAUCAGAGAGCUUCUAAAGCAGAAGAAGGUUUUCCCUGGAGGUAAAGAAUGGAAUAAUGAUGAUUUAUCUAAAUUUCUAACUAAGGAAUUUGUUGGCAUACAAGUUGUGCCAGUUUCUAAAUGGAUCAAAGGAAAGCCUAGAUUAUUAAAAAAUGUUGUCAAUCUGAAAAAACUUGAUCUUGGUAACUUGGAAAUCCCAAUUGAGGAAGCUGCAACUCAGUCUCUAUCUGACCCGCAAGACACUGACAGAAAAAUGGUAGAAGAAAAAACUUGUAUAGAACACCCUAGAAAAUUUGAUGAAGAAGUCACACCAACAACAAAGUACAAAUUUGGUCAUAUAUUCACUGAUAUAAUGACUGAGACAAGAGGAUCGCCAUUGUCUCCUAUUAAAAACUUUCACUUGAUAGAAUGCCAAGACAUGGAUUCAGCAUUGGAGAAAAUUGGUCUUGAGUUAGUUCCCUUUGCCUCUGCUUGUAUGAAUGAAAGAAGAAACGGAACAAUUUAUUUUGGUGUGUCACCUAUUAACCAUUCUUUACAUAAAGCAGGAAAAAUUGUUGGUGUUUCCUUGGAUAAACUACAAGUUCAACGUGUAGUUAACAACUACUUGCAGGAAUCUUUUCUUGAAACUCAAAAAUCAAUUAUUAGAAAAGUGAUAAGGGAACCAAAAUUCAUACCAGUGAUAAAGAUAGAACCAAUUUUAUUGACAGAGUUAAUAGUUCUUGAAAUUGACAUCAUUCCCUCUCAAAACUUUAUGAACAAAGAAAUUAUAAAAACCAACCUGCGCUUGCUAACUCAAUUUGGAAAUAAUACAAAAAUGGACAAAGCUGUAUUCAGAUUUUCUGAGAGUGGAAAGCCUGAGCUUCUAACUGAAACAAAGAGAGACAAAUUUGAAAGAGAGAUUCCAAGUCUUAUAGAGCAGAGAAAAGAAGAAGAAAAGAAAUUAAAAAAUGACUUUAAACCCAAUUUAAGGGAAAAACUUCUUGGGCUCUUGACAGGUGGUUCUAAUUCACUAGUUGAUGAUAUUUACCCUUUUCUAAUCACUAGUGAGAUUGAUUCUCAUAUGGACCAGGAUUAUCUUCUACAAAAUAUGUCCUUUAUCAAGUACUUACAACCUGAAGUUGUAUUUGAUUUUGACCCUCAAGGUUACAGUAAUGGCAUAUACAAAAAUUUGGACAGUUUACAAGAAGAAUCAAUGCGAGUACUUACUAUUGAUGAUUUUGACAAGCUAAAGAAUUCAACUGAAAGUUAUGAGGAAUUAGUUGCUAGUAUAUCAUGCAAGACAGUUUCCCACUGGGUGUUUUGUAAUGGAUAUGAGAGCAUGGAGCCAAUGGACAGAAGAGAAUGGAAUAAAUUUAGAAGACGAGCUUUUCAACAAGCAUUUAGAAAUUAUGUUGACCAAAUUGGAAAUGAAAGAACAUUGAUAAUAAUUUGUUUAUUUUCUAAAAGUUAUGAAACAUUGCUAUUUGCCUGCGAUGAGAUUCUUACAAUACUUCCUGACAAUUGGAUUCUUCUUGCUGAAUCUGAAGACAUUGCCAAAUCAUGGCAGGAGAGAAUGCUGAAUGAAGAUAAAAUAGAAAAAUCUGAUAUAAAAGACAAGUGUGUUAUUGGCAUGAAGUGGGAACAAGUCAAUAGCACAAUUUCUUUAGCAACAAAUAUAGAUGAAGGCUUUAAUAUUCUUCUUCCGUGCUCCAAUGGUGUAUUAGAGAUAGUUCCUAAAAGAAAGCUUAAUGAAUGGAAAGAUAACAAUAUAGAUGUACUCACAGCUGGAGAAUUGGAUGUAGGAGAUGAAAAGGAAAUAUACAACAAAAGGAAUGAAGUGGAACAACAGUUUUAUCGAGGUGAAGAAGUGCAAUGGCUAAACUUUUGGUUUAGAGACCAAGUGCUAGAACGUGAUGUUCAUGAUAAUCUUAAAGAUGUUGUUGAAAAAGCUCUCAAAGGUAACACAGAUGAGGACAAAGUGACAUACGUUGAACUUCUUCAUCAGCCUGGGGCUGGUGGUACAACAACAGCUAAAAAUAUUCUUUGGCAGUUUCGCAAAAAGUACAAAUGUUGUCAUGUUAGAAGAAUCACAGAACAUACUUGUGAUCAGUUGGAGGAGAUAUGGCAGUUUAAAAAUACAACACCUAAUCCGCUUUUAGUCUUUAUUGACAGUCAGGAAGAAGAAGAUUGUAUCAAACUGAAAGGAAAGCUUGAAGAACAAGGGAGAUUACACUGGAGAAAAUCAGAAGAGUCUUUUGAUGUUUUUUGCACAAUUUUAGAAUGCAAGAGAAGAGCCUCAAUGCCACUUCCAAAAGAAAAUCGAAUAUUUUUAAGGCAUGAACUUAGUUCAAUUGAAAAAGAUUGGUUUGACAGAAAGAAUGACAGUUUAAGCAAGUUAUAUGAAAAAGACAAGAAAAAAGUAAACCCUAGAUUUCUGUUGGCUUUUAACAUUAUGCGAGAAAACUUUAAUCCUAAUUAUGUGCAGAAAGUUGUAAAAGAUUUUUCAAAGGCUGUGAAAUCUGAUUUAGAAAUUGAACUUUUAAAAAUAGUUUCAUUCCUUAAUGUUUAUGAUCCUCUGUUUCAACCUGUCAAAGUUAUUUGGCUGGAUAAUUUUAUGAAGUCUAAACAGUAUAUGUCACUCAGUCGAUCAAACUUCUUUUCUAGAGAAGUGAAGUGGGAAGCCAAACUUACAGAGGGAGUCAAAUUUUUCUUAAAUCUUUCCAAUGACAGGAGUUCAAAGAAAAAAUCAAUUCAGUCUGUUAGAAUAAUGAACAAACAGGUUGCAGGUGAAAUCUUAAAAUGUAUGAAAGAGAAAACUAAAAGUAAAGAGAGUGAUAUCAUGCUCUCCUUGUGUAAGCCAUCAAUGUACCGCCAAGAGGGAAAAGAGGCUGGCAAAUACAGAUCACUUAUUAACUCAGUUGCCAAAAAGAGAGAGUUAGAUGAAAAUGGAAAGAAGCAGAAAUUUUCAGGUUUAGUCAUUUACAUUCAGGAACACGAAGGAGUUGAGGUUGCUCUUCAUGUGCUUGAAACUUUAUUUGAAAUUAACAAAGAUGCCUUUACUGCUCAGUUGAUUUCUCGUGUUUAUAUGUUUACAAAAAAUUGGCAAAAGGCUACUUUUUAUGCUAACAGAGCUGUGCAGCUGAAACCUGAAAACUCAUUUCUUUGGGACACAGCAGGCAGGGUUUUUAAAGCAAAACUUUCUGACAAUAUAGAAAAAAAUAAACAAAAUGGUGAUCAAGGAUUUCAAGAUUCUGACAUACUAGAAAUUGUUGAUUUGUCAGUUGAAGGUAUUGAAGCCUUCAGAAAGCAACAGGAAGUUUGUGAAAGAGAAAUAACUGCUAUGGAAGUAAACAAUGUAGCUGGCUAUGCUGGUGAAUUGCGAACAAUUAUAUUGCUACUCAGUGCCUUAAAAUCACAUCAUGUGUUUAAUAAUGGAAACAUUUUACAAAAAUAUUUAGUUGAUUUUGAUUAUAAUCCAACAGAACUUCAGUUCCUAGUAAAACAUGCAGCUUUUCUAAAAAGCUUGAAAGGAAGAGCAUAUGAAGUAUUAAGACGACUAGAUGAAGAGUAUCUACAAAUGAAAUGUAGUCAUAAUCAAGAGGAAUGGGAAGUUUUACAAGGAGACUUUAGCAGACAGUCUUUAAUCCCAUUAAAGGCUAAUCUAGAUAUUUAUUUUGAUGCAGAUGAAAUAGCCGGAAAUAAAUUAAGUGAAUCAGAUGAAUGCCUGUACCGACUAGACAAGGCAAGACAAUUAGGGGCUGAUUCAUUAUAUCAUUUGUUACAUCUAAGAACACACAAAAAAUAUAAAAUUAUUGAAGAUUGUUAUGUCUCAGUAUUAAAAAACGUCACUUCUAAGUAUUGCUGUUUUGAUGAUUUGAGAGCCAUUCUUGAUACAGUUACUGUAUUACUGGUUGAUAAAAAAAAGCCACAAGGUUUAAUGUUUGAAGAUGUUGUUGAAUGGAGUAAGAAGCUGUAUUAUUCCAAUCAACCAAAAGACAUUAUCCAUAGCUACCUGGAACCAUUUCUCUAUUUUGUGAUGUACAAUUUCCCAACAGAAGAAAGAAUAGAUCAUGUCUGCCCUCUUAUUGAGUUAAAGAACGCAAUUGACAAUUGGUUGGAAAUGUUUAAAAAGAACCAUCCAAACCAUGGCAAAGAAAAUUUCUCUUUUAGAAGAAUAGUGACUACUUUGUUUUUCCUUGGAAAUGGCAAACCGUUAGAAGAUAUUGUAUUUCAGGAUACUUUAGGAGAUUUAAAAGAUAUGACAUUCAAAGAAAAAUGGAACCAUCCUAACAUUAGACAGAAACUUCGACUUAUGCAAGGAGUUUUGUCUAAUGAUGGUGAAAAAGUAAAUAUUUCAAUUACUACCAAAGAAGGAAACAGAUUCACUCUAGCCAUAUCUACUUCUCACAAGGUGGCCAAAUCUAUCAUGUAUAAUAAAAAAGUCUACUUCUAUCUUGGCUUUAGUUUCAAGGGACCAAGGGCUUAUGGGAUGUCUUUGGAAAAGUUAGGAGAAAUAGAUAUAGGAGAAAUAGGUAAGCCUGAGCCAGCUGUUAGCAUUUCCAAGCGAAGUUCCAAACAAAAGGGAAAUAAAAAAGAAAUUUUGAUUGAAGAUCUCUGGCGAGAGCAAGUGGAUAUUGAACGAAAGCUGCAUUUAUUUCAGAAAAAUCCUGAAGUCAAUGAAGAAAAGAUUAAACAAUGUGAGAUGCAACUCAAGAGUGUCAAAGAAGAUUUCACGAGGUUGUUAGGAGAUAUUUAAAUAUCAUUAUGUUUAAGAAUAGGAUGUAUAGUUUCAAGUGACAGGCUUUUAAGCAUUGUUGAUCUUAUUACAUAAGUUAGAUGUAGACAUGAAACAAGAAUGCCAAUAUUACAAAUAUUUAUUUUUGUCAUUUUUUAACGUGCUGUAAAUGAGAAGAGCUAAAAGCAAGAAUAACAUUUAUCAAGUGGGAUGAUGAAAGGGUUGCUUCUCACUAUUUAAAAACUAAGGAGAAUUCAAUGCAGAAUGAACUAAUUUAAACAUUAGCUAAGUUUGAUAUAGAUAUAAAUCCAAUCCACUAUCUAAGGCCGGAAGGCCGUGGGUAAUAUCUAGUAUAAUAUAAAGCAGAAAGUAAGGCGUACCGGUAUGUAUGUCCCUUAUAGAAAUCAAAACCGUUUGACCAAAUUUAUUAAAACUUGGCAUAAAUGUUCCUUAUAGAUCAAGGCGGAUACCACAACAAAAAGUACCUAAUUGUAUCUAUAUUAGAGUAUGAAACUUUUAACAAAUCGGGUAAACCCGUUUAAAUAGCAAAAUUUAUCUCUAUUAAAGUAUAUGUAUGUAUGUAUGUGACGAAUAGAAAUCAAAACCGUUUGACCAAUCUUGAUAAAACUUGGCAGGAAUGUUCCUUGGGUACUAACUUAGACCGUAGUGUAUGUAUUGUAGCCCUAAAACAAACUUAAGGCCCCCAAAAAAAUAAUAAAGUUGUCCAACUCUAUUAAAGCUAUAGUAUUUAUGUAUCUAGGCUUUGUUUACAAUAUUGACAUGACAAAAGAUCAAAAGGAUUUAGAUCUAAUUUUAAGAAAUACACUUUACACAGAUAGUUUUUUACUUUGACAUAUGAAAAUACAAAAGAAGGUCCAUUGAUUUCAUUAUUAAAUAUAAUUAAAUUAAACUUCAAAUUUGUGUUUCAAAAGCAUUUUUUACAUAAAUUAGUUCCUUAUACCUGUGACUACAGAUUUCCUGACGAACAUUCUUUCAUUAGACAAUACCAUAAUGUUACACAGCUUUCCAUUCCUAGGUCUAAAACUCUAAUUCAACUCUAAGAUGAUAUAACUUCUCUUCGCACAGAUAGUUUUAUACUUUUUAACACAUGAACAUACUAAUUAUAGGCCAAUCAUUUCAUAUUUUGAUUAAAUUAACAUUCAAAUUUGGUUUUCUAAAGCAUUUUUAAUACAUUCGUUUACAAAAGUUGCAAAGCCGUGCUGAGAUAGGCCUAUAUUCAUUCAUGAAUCAUGUACUAAAAAUUGUUUCGUUUAAUUGUUUACAAAACACUCUCAGUGACUAUAUCGACAGUGAUACGCAAAUAAAGACCCGCGGGUAAAAUAUUUCUAGUAAAUAUAUAUAUGUAAAGUUUAACUAAGGUAUGAUAUAUGAUCCCGAGCUCCCCACCGAAUGCUGGUCAUUAAUUCCCUGUUGGGGUUGUACUUUAGUCGUGGCUUGUCUGCCUCAACACCCCUAACAGUUUAGCAAUCAACUUAUGAACUAAUUACCAAAAGAACAAAUAAUACAAAUAGUAACAUAUACUAGUCAAUAACGAGAUUGCAUAUAACAAAGCAAUUAAUGGAGUAAUGAUAUGAUGUGGCAUAAAUGAAGAAUAAAUAUUAAUAGUAGGCCUAUUUACAAGGCAAAUACAAGUUACACAUAUUAUUCAAUAAGCUCUGUGAAACAAUUUGAUCAGGGUUUGCGAAGCCCACACACAAUCAUUCCUAAUGCCAUGGAUGCAUGGACCAUACCAAAACAAAUCAGGCUCUAUAACUAAGUCCCAAGCCUGCGUCCCUAAACACGAAAAAUAUGCUUUCCUUGAGACCACCAUUCACAAUAUUAUAUUAAUAAGAUUUUAAAACUAAAACUACAAUGCAAAGAAUAAAGCAAAAUAAACUAACUUACCCAAUACUGGGGAAGAAAACAACAAAAGAAAGCUCCAGCAAAAGAUCCACCAUCAGCACAAACACAACAGAUGCACUGAAGCAAUGACAUCAACAUAGCGUAUCCUUAGGAACUAGAACUAGCACACAAAACUAUUAUGGUGCAUGAAAAAAAAAGAUCACACAAGAAGCAACUCUACAUGCCCACGACAAUAUACACACCUUUUAGAUUUAUAUUUACAAUGUAAAAUUGACUUAAUAUUUUACUUAUUUUAGCAAUGCAAUUUUAGUGAAGCAAUGCAAUGUGAUUUAUGUAGCUUUGUGUGCGUUAAGAACAGCAAAAAAACAAAUUCUAACCUGAAGUAGGAAAAUAUAUUUUGAAUUCCUUUUUAUUAUUUCACUAGAUUUAUAAUUUCAAAGAACAUAAAAUAUAUACUGUUUUUCUAUUUUUAUCAUGACAAUAAACUUAUAACUUUUGAGAUUUCCAAAUGUUGGCUGUACUGAGAAGUGUGACUGGAAAAUUACAUUUUUUAUAUGUGUUUUAUUUUUGUUUCAUUCCAUGAUAGUGUUAUAUAUGCAUACAAUUACUUCUACUGGGCACCAUUUUUUAGAGAAAAAAAAGUUAAUUGAAGUAAAAAAUCUAAUAUUUAUAUAAUUGAAUGUAAGAUGUAUGUAUAUAUGAUCCUAAAAAUAAACUUAAUUCAUCUUUAGUAAAGAAUGAAAUUUUAACAAAUCGGAUAAACCCAUUUUCACUCUCUACUAUUUUCGUGGCAAAAUCUAAAAAAAUGGGAAGGAUGGAAUUAUUAGGAAAUAAUCCACUACAUCAGUAAUACCCAAAAUAAGGCCCCCAGUGCGCAGGUCAUAUCUGGCUAGUUGUUAAUAAAUAAAGCAAGAUGAUAAUAUCUGCUAUUGUUACUAUCAACUGAAGGGAUCAAUAGAACAACAUUUUUUUUUUAUUGUCACACAUUUUGGUUUUAAUGGCAAUAGGAACGGCUCUCUUUGCUUGACUGUUUAUAAUUCUAUGUAAUUAGUUCAAUUAUACACACUGUAUUGGCACUUGCCAUUCCUUUGAAUAGAUCAACUGGAUGGAAAGAUUGCUGUUUGGGCAACAUUGUUCUGACCAUUAUUAAUAUGUAGUGAUGGGAACUAAACUAACUUUUAAAAGUUAAACUAAAAUUAGUUUUGAACUAAAAUAAAGUAGUUCAACAAAAAGUUUAUCAUGAAUUUCAAAAUAUAGUUAAACUAAACUAAAGGAAAUUAAUUAAACUACAGGUAUAACAAACUUUUCAUAACCUUUUGGGGGGGGGGGUUGAACUAGAAAUAUUUAUUCAUAAUAAAAUCAGUAAUAAGGAAUAUGUUACUUACAUAAACGUUAAUGCACAAUAAAAAAAAAUUUUUUAAAUGUCUUUAUAAAUAUGUGUGCUUUUUUUUUUGCCUUCAAUUAAAACCUUUAGAAAAAAAUGGUACUCUUUUUUAAAAAUUAUAUGAACUUAUAUAAUAUAACUAAAAUUUUUAAUUACUUGUACCAGUAAAGUUUAAAAUCUCAUUAAAUAACAUACUAUUGGAGUUUAAAAAUUAGAUCUAGUAACCAAUAAAAUAGGAACGAAAUUGUUGGGAGUUUUAAGAAACAUUUGACCUGUAUAAUUAUUUCAUAGUGUAAAAUACAUGCUUGACUAACCAUGCUGAUGUGCUAUUUUCUUGUCUGACCACUAAAAAUACAACUAACACUAUUGCAUAACCGUUAAAAGCGCAAGGGAAAAAAAAAAAAACAGGGUGGUUAUUAUGGACUGCACACUCAGUACACUAUAUAGGCCUACACAUGUACGUCUAUCUGGCCAGGUUGUUAAAAUCAGUCAGACACACCAUCUAUGUACUUUCUGGACUGGGAGGGUGUGUAACUGUUUUAGUGUAAAGAACAUGCUUGACUAGCCCUGCCAUCCAUGCCUAGUCUGACCACUCCACAUUAAGCAAACACUAUUGCAUAAAGCAUAAUGAAAAAAAUGCAGGGUAGUCUUGUAGUAUCAUCAACUACACACGUACAGUACACUAGGCCUACAUAUGUCUAGAUGACCAGGUUGUUAAAAUAUAGUUGGACACAGUCUAUUUACUUUAUGGUCAAGAGAGGGUGUGGAUUAAGAUUUUUUUUUUCUAGAGUUGGUUAUCCUAAUGCUUUAAGAUCUAUAUAGGCCAAACUGUCGAUUCUUAGAUCUCAAUAAUAAUUCUUAAGACUAUAAAAAGGGUGUACUAUAAACAGAAAUUAAACACCACACGUGGCUCAUAAAAAAUUCGGAACAAUCCCAUUCAUAAUAUUGCAUAGAAGAUUUUAGCAAAAAAUUUUUCAGUUGCAAAUAUUUAAUCCCAUGACUUCUACCAGCAUCUUACUUUACCCUCUUCAAAGGCAGACUGACUAAAUAGUUGUUAACUGCAUCAUUUUUAGUUAGUUACUAAUAAAAAUUUUUUAUUAAACUACGAUUUUAGCUAAAACAUUUUUAUUAAACUACGAUUUUAGCUAAACUUUUUUUUUCUAGUUAAACAAUGGCCUUAAUUAAUUUUUUUUAGUUAAACUAAAAGUUUCUAACUUUUUAGUUAACUUUUGCCCAUCACUACUAAUAUGCUGCCCAAGCAUUCAUCUCAUUUAAAGACUGAAGGAGGUCAUAACAUAAUAGCUAAAUAGAAUUAGUGAAAUAACUAGUUUAUUGCAGAUCAUAGUAGCUUAGUCAAUUCAUAGGGCAUAAUUGAUUUAAUGUAAAAGGCAUUUUGCCAGUAUUAACAAUAUUUUAUUUAUUACAUUUACCCUAUUUUGCAAUUUUACAAUUAUACUAGUAUUAGCAAUAUAUUUUUAUUUUAUAAUUUUUUAAAUUGUGAUUUGUUUACAACAAUAGUUUUGGUACUCAACAAAUUAAAGAUAUUAAAUUUUAUAACAAACAACCAGUAUUUUUUUUUUUUUUCAAUAUUGCAUUUUGUAAUGUAUGAACAAACAGUAUUGUUGAAAAAGUUCACUUUAUUUGCACUUUUAGACAAUCUACUAAAGUGGUUUUUAUUUUUUAAAAUCCUGAUUUUUUUUUUUAAGUUAUCCUUUGGCAUAAAUAUAUAUAUAUAUAAUAUAUAUAUUUAUAAAUAAUUCUGUACUAUAGAUUAUCUUAUUAAACCUAUUUAUUACAAAGUGUCAUUAAAAGCAAUAUUAUCUGAACAUGUCAUAAGUUUAUUAUUCCUAUAAUCAGUGGUACUUUGCUGUCUACAUAGUCAAAGGAUUUCAUUCAUUUUGGUCUAUGAUGGUUAUUACUAUUUAACAUUAAUGCUCAAGUUAAUGCUUAAUUAAAUCAAUUCACUUUAUUACUUAUUUGCAUUAUUGUUAGUAUAUUACAAACUAGUUAUUGUUGUAGACCCUUUUGGGUUGUUGUUUUUUUCCUCAUAUAGAUUAUAGAUAGUCACUUUUAUUUUAUUUAAAAUUGUUGACAAAAAUGUAAUGCUUAAUAUUCAAUUUACAUAUUAUAAUAAACCAAUAAAUAUAAGUGUAGUCUAUAUUUUAUUGAAAUGUUAUUGUUGGCAAUAGAAAAAUACUUUUUAGAUAUGUUACAUUUAGUAGUGUAGAUGCUUGCACAAAAAAUAUCAUUAGAUUAAUUACUUGCACAUGUACUUAAAAUAAAGAUUACAUACGACGUUAAAA